AUGGCCGAAUAUCUUCUUUUAGCCCAGUUUGUGAAUGAGAGCUCCCAGCCAAGCUCCUCAGAAUGUGCCCUGGAAGUGAUGGUGAAGGAAGAAAGCCCAAGAUCUUCAGUCCUCUGGAUAGAUUCCAGCCCCUUGUCUGAGACCUGCAUCCAGAAGAGGGAAGUGACAGUAGAUGUCGUGAAGGAAGUAGCCUUAGAGUCUAAGGACAGCUGGGUCACAGAGAACGUGAGUGGUCUCACAAUGCAGGUGAAGAGACAGUGGGAGUCGGCCGUGGAACCUGAGCACCAUGAGGUCUUCAACAGGCUGCUCGAGGAUACUGUUGUUCAAAGAUUCCUGGCUUGGGAUAAAAAGCUGAGGGUGUCUGACAAGUAUCUUCUGUCCAUGGUAAUUGCUUAUUUUAGCCGGGCUGGCCUCUUCUCCUGGCAGUACCAGCGGAUUCAUUUCUUCCUAGCUCUUUACCUGGCCAAUGAUAUGGAGGAGGACAACCAGGCCCCUAAGCAAGCUAUAUUUUCCUUCCUCUAUGGGAAGAGCCGCUUCCAGCUUCCCAUGUUCCACAAGCUACGACUCCAGUUAAUUCGCUCUAUGCGCUGGAAGACUUGGGUUUCUCGAGAUGAGUGUGAGGAGAUCCAGAAUUAUGAUCCGGAACACUGGGCAUGGGGGCGAGAUCGCACUCUCAUUCCCUAG